AUGGGAAACCUCCCAGCUCUGCUUGGGCCGUGGUGGGAUGCAGGAGCGAUGUUUCUCCAGUCCUCUCUGCCCUGGCAGCGUUGUGACCCAGGGAAAGGAAAGCAGGGUAGGAAGCGCCCCGAGAAAGGUCUGCGUGGGCCAUAUCAGGAGCUUAGCACAGGCCCCGUGUGCCACAAGAGCCAGAGUGUGUGGCCCAGGAGGGCCCCCAUUCCCUUGGAGCCCCACGGACAGCGCUGUGUGGGCGGGCACUGCCCAGUGCUGGGAUGCGCUGGACGAGAGCCCGGGAGAGAGCCGCUGGGGAAAGAGUUCCCAGACCCCUCUCUGGUCCCCUUGCUCAGCCCAGCUCUGCCUGUUGCUGCAGCUGGGGCCUCCCUGCAGAGGGGCCAGGCUUGGCCCGGGGCCCAGAGAGGCAUUGGGCUCAGCGUGACUGAGGGGAACCAACAGACCUGGUGGGUCCAGGAACCAUGGCGGAGGAUGAGGUGGGACCCUCAGGCCUGGGUCGGGAGGCCCCCAGGGACUGCUUCCCCUUCCUGUUACCUCAGCCCCUGCUGGGGAAAUGAAGACCAGGCCACGGAGGCUUAUAUCCCAGCCCCUGCUCUCCUAUUCAGCAGCCUGGCUUAG